AUGACAGCGGCUGUUGCGCCUCGGAAAUGCAUCGGCCUUGAAUGCUCCAACGAUGCGGGGAGCCUCCAGUGUCCGACCUGUCUGAAGGUGGGCACUGACAGUUUCUUCUGCUCGCAGGAUUGCUUCAAGCGUAGCUGGGGGUCCCACAAGACCAUCCAUAAAACCAAGAGUAAUAUCCUCAGCAAUAUUUUCAUCCCGAAGGUAGUUUCUGAACCAGAUCCAGCAACCGGACAAUAUAACCCAUUCCCCACGUUUCCCUUUACCGGAUCACUGCGCCCUGUGUACCCCCUGUCGCCGCGCCGCACCGUCCCAUCCUCGAUCCCGCACCCCGAUUACGCCUACGAUGGUAUUCCGCGGUCCGAACAGAAGUUCGCCGGUCGACACAACAUCACGAUUUUGAACAAAAAAGAGCAGGACGCAAUGAGGAAAGUAUGCCGUUUGGCUAGAGAAGUUUUGGAUAUCGCAGCUCGAGAGCUGAGGCCGGGUGUGACCACGGACUACAUCGAUGAAGUCGUCCACAAGGCUUGCCUGGAACGUGACUCGUAUCCAUCACCUCUCAAUUACGUCAAUUUUCCGAAGUCAGUAUGCACGUCGGUCAAUGAGACUAUCUGCCACGGCAUUCCUGAUCAGCGGCCCUUGCAGAACGGCGACAUUGUCAACAUCGAUGUGACCCUAUACCAUGGCGGAUUCCAUGGCGAUUUGAACGAGACAUACUAUGUCGGUGAUAAAGCCAAGACCAACCCCGAUGCUGUCAGAGUGGUUGAGACUUCUCGAGAGUGCCUAGAGCAGGCCAUUAAGCUGGUCAAGCCUGGCAUGCUUUUCCGGGACCCUGGCAACUUAAUCGAAAAGCACGCCAAGAGCCGUAAAUGUAGCGUUGUGAAGAGCUACUGCGGUCAUGGUAUCAACCAAUUAUUCCACUGCGCACCGAAUAUUCCUCACUACGCUAAAAACAAGACUAUCGGCGCGGCCAAACCGGGCAUGUGUUUUACCAUUGAGCCCAUGAUAAACAUCGGCACACACAGAGACAAGACCUGGCCCGACGAUUGGACAAGUGUCACUAGCGAUGGUUCACUGUCCGCGCAGUUUGAACAUACCCUCCUGGUUACGGAGGACGGGGUCGAGGUCUUGACCGCUCGUUUGCCCGACUCUCCCGGCGGGCCUGUUCCCAUGCCAGAGGCUGCUCAGCCGGUCGAGACAGCAGCUUCGUGA